GCUCGGUGUGUCCCAGGCCACAGCGCCCCGCGCCGCCCAGCGAACGGGCCGCCUGCGUCACCGGCCCCUGGCGGCCAUGGAGCGGCGCGCGGGGGGCGCCAGCGACCCCAGGGCCACCCGCGGAGGCCACGGCCUCCGGCGGCACGGCCACCCCAACGCCCACCGCAGCGGCCGCCCCAGCGCCCGCCAGCUCCUGGCGCGUCUGGACGCGCGCCCCCUGGCGGCCCGAGCGGCGAACGACGUGGCGCUGCUGGUGCGCAGGGCAGGCACUACGCUGCGCCUGCGCCCCAAGGAGGCUUUUCCUAUGAUGGAUUCUGCAGAAAUAGAGGUCACCGACAAUCGUUUGCCUAAGACUCCUUUUGUGCAACCCCAGGCCCAGCAUCAUCGGCCAGAGACCGUGGAUCCUCUUAUUGCUCCGCAUCUAAUGAAGCAGGGUAAGGUACACAGUGCUUCAUCAAAGUUGCCCCAGACAUCUGCUAUGACAUUGCCUCAAGCAAGUGCUUUGAGGAUGUCUCAGGUGGCUGCUUCCAAGUUACUUCAGGCCUCUGAUCAGUUCACUGUAGAGCUAUUUCGCAGCUCUAUGGGCUUUGGCUUCACAUUAAGUGGGGGCAGUGAUGCUUCAAGAAGUGCUGAACUGGCUAUCCGUGGGCUGCUGAAGGGCGGACCGGCCCAGCGCUCUGGUCAGUUACAGGUAGGUGACCUUGUCCUUCACAUCAAUGGAGUGUCAACUCAGGGCCUCACCCUUGCCCAGGCUGUGGAGCGGAUUCGUGCAUGUGGCCCCCGGCUUUGCCUCAUGAUCCGAAGGCCUCGUGAGACCCAAGCUGGCAAGCCAGAGGCAGUGCCAAUGCAUCAUAAAGCAGAAGGUCACAGCCCUGAAGCAGGGGUACCGGAGGUCUUGAGGUCUCGCAGCGCCCGCGCCUCUGCAUUUCAACACCCCGGAGUCCACCGGAUGCCCCAACAUGGGGGCAGCCAGGAGCGUAGCCCAGAGUGGGCCGCCCAUGGUCCCAAGGUUCUUCUUGCGGAGCGCAGCACAAAGGAACCCAACGACGACCGAACCCCCAGUUCUCCAGGACCCUGGCUAGUGCCGAGCGAGGAACGGCUCUCCAGGACCCUAGGGGUCUCAGGCGCAGCACAGCUGGCACUGGAGAGGGCAGCCGGAAGACGGAGGCACUGAGUGUCCACCGAUGGCGGGGCCCCGCCCAGUUCUGCCCAAUGUGGAAUAGAUUCCUAGCUCCCCCAACCCAACGCUGUGUAGCCUAGCAGUGGGGGAGGGGGGCUCGUGGCCCCGGUGAUAGGGCCUCCCAGACCCGCCAGCCCUGCACUUCUUGUUUCAGGCCGGGGAGGUAAUAAAAGUUUGAUCACGUC